CACAGAGGGGCAGAAUCUGCGAGACAGCAUCUGCAAUGCCCCUCACGCUCGCCGAGGUGCGGUGGUUCCUGCUCGAGAACGGCGUCGAGGCCGACAAGAUCGACGCCACGUGGAGCAAGGGCCGUGCGGCGCUCGAGGAUCUGGCGGGAACGGCAGGCUGCUCGCUGCGAGACGAGGGAGCGGUCAGGGCUGCUCACGUGGCUGCGCUGGCCAAGAAGGAGGAGGAGAAGCGGGCUGCGACGGAGGCGUCGCUGACGCCGCUGACGGAAGAGGAGCGGGCCCGCUUCCGCCUCGCAUUCGAUCACUUCGACGCAGACGGCUCUGGUGCGCUCGACCACGCCGAGUUUCGCAAGGCGAUGAUCGACUCGGGGAUGAUGCCGCUCCGCAGCGAGGUCACGGGCCUCUUCCAGGAGGCGGACGUGGACGGCUCGGGCACCGUCAACUUUGAUGAGUACUGCCACUUCAUUCAAGUCUACCGCGCAAAGCAGAGCUGGUGGGAGCGGCUGAUGGAGUCGGCGAUGGACUGCCUUUCGCCAAAGCCGUCCUACCUCACGAACCCGACCCUCCGCUUCGUCCGCAAGAUGAAGCACGCCGGCUGCACCCGCUCCGCCAUCGACGCCUUCGUCCACAACUACGAGCAGCUCCGCUCCGCCGCCUCCAUGAUGAUACCCGAGGACGCGAUCUUCCCGGUGGACCAGCUGCCCGCGCUCGAGGACAUCUCCGUGCAGCCAGACCGGUCGCUGCUGCAGCACACUGUCAUGCUCAAGCUCAACGGCGGGCUCGGCACCGGGAUGGGACUCGAGAAGGCGAAGAGCCUGCUGCCGAUCUCCGGCGACGACACCUUCCUCGACCUGAUUGCCAAGCAGGUCCUGCACAUGCGGCACGCCUCCGGGGGAUCGCUCGCCUUCCUGCUGAUGAACUCCUUCUCCACAUCGGCGGACUCGAUGGCGCUGCUCAAACACAACUUCCCAAAUCUGAGCAACGAGGGCGAGCUGCCGCUCGAGUUUCUGCAAAACAAGGCACCGAAGGUCAGUGCCGCCGACCUGUCCCCCGCCUCGUGGCCCGCCAACCCCGAGCUCGAGUGGUGCCCGCCGGGGCACGGAGACCUCUACCCGGCGAUGGAGGGCUCCGGCACGCUCGACCGGCUGCUCAGGGAGGGCUACAAGUACAUGUUUGUCUCCAACUCGGACAACCUCGGCGCGGCGCGGCGACAGCCGGGCAGAGCCCCGCCGACGCUCGCCUUCACUCGUGCGCGUCGUGUCGCUGUAGGCGCGACGAUGGACCUCACGCUGCUGACGUGGUUCGCGCAGUCGGGCGCUCCCUUUGCGAUGGAGGUUGCCGCGCGCACCGACUCGGACAAGAAGGGCGAGACAUGUCCAGGUGGCCACCUGGCCAGGUCUGCGGAGACGGGCGGGCUGCUUUUGCGCGAGAGCGCGCAGUGCCCCGAGGAGGACGAGGCGCGCUUCGCGGACGUGAAUCGCCACCGCUUCUUCAACACGAACAACUUGUGGCUCGACCUCGAGGCGCUGCAGAAGAAGAUGCGGCUCGGCAAGGGCGUGAUGCCGCUCCCGGUGAUGAGCAACAAGAAGACGGUUGACCCGCGCGACAAGGCCUCUGCGGCGGUGCUGCAGCUCGAGACGGCGAUGGGGGCCGCCAUCCAGUGCUUUGGCGCCGAGGCGAAGGCGAUCCUGACCCCGCGCUCGCGCUUCGCGCCCGUCAAGACGACGGGCGACUUGCUCGCGCUCAAGAGCGACGCGUACGAGGUGACGCCAGAGCACUGCGUCACGCUCGCGCCGGAGCGCAAGGGCGUGCCGCCCAUCAUCAAGCUCGACGGGUCGUACAAGUUUUGCGACCAGCUGGCGACGCUCAUCCCGGACGGCGCGCCGUCGCUGCUGCGCUGCACAAAGCUCACCGUCGAGGGCCCGUUCGUGAUCGAGAGCGGUGUCGUCUUCCAGGGCGAGGUCAAGCUCAUCAACCCCUCGGACCAGCCGCGCACGGUCCCCGCCGGCGUCUACAAGGAUGCGACGCUGUGACACCUGCGUCGCUUCGGCUGCCGCGCCGCGCUAAUGGGAGAUGCGGUCGAUGCUAGACGGUCCGGCUCUAGCCGCUCGCUGCGGCCACGUAACCCCGGGCCGGGCGGCAUAGCACACAGCCAUGAGCCAUCAAGCUGGAUAUACUAUUAGUGUCGUCUACGUGUCGCGAGAGGUACCACUUUGAUUCGCAUGUUCUCGUGUUCUACUCGUCA